AUGUCAGAUGUGUUUUCCAUAUUUAAAAAAAAACGAAUAAAAAAAGCAAAACUGCGCAAAGCGUCCGUAAAAAAAGGCAAGGGGAAGAUUUUCAUGAGCGACAAAUCCCGUCGGAAGGCGUACGCGACGAGCCGAGCGGUUAGCAACAACCACGGCGCAUUCCUGUACAAGGACAGUGGUGAAUAUCGGAAGGCAUCAGGAGGGGGAGCAGCAGUGGGAGAAGUAAUCGGAGAAGCAGUCGGUGAAGUAGCAGUAGAAGGCGGCGCUGGAGUAAGCAAUAACGGCGGAAGCUUCGGCGGAGUGGUAAAGGAGCCCCCAUUCAGUAAGCUAGCAGCAAUUGAAUUAUUAAGCAACGAAUCGAAUGUUGUCGUAGAAAACUUCCCCAAGCUACCAGUCAAAAACAUAGAGUCAUGUGAAGAAGUAUACAAUAUCUUCUAUAUAAGGGAUCAAUAUCUGAUUGGGAAUAAAACUAUACAGAUAAAUAACGACCACUUGAUUCUUCUCGAAACGACAUUGGACAAAUUGGACGCAGCGAUAUCGGAAUUGGACACAGAAGAGAGCUACUCCACGAAGAAGAUAUUAACAAGUGUGUACGAGAAGAUCUGUAAUCUAUACAGAAGUUUUAAGAGCAUAAAAUCUUUGCCUCCCCAAUUGUCCAAUGCGUAUAAUUGCUUCCAGAGUAAUGUCAUCUUUGUGAAGGGGAAGCAAUUUAAAAAAAACUACGUCUUCGAUAAUUUGAUAAAUAUCUAUACGUACCUACAGAACAGUGAACUUCAGCAGGAUAAUAUCGAGACGAUUAACCAGGCUAUUUACAUUAAUGAUAAGAAUGUAUCUGCUCCUUCUUUUAUCAAUAAAAGCAUUCUGACUUCUAACGGACAUGUGGAAGAGCAUAUCGAAUAUCUGCCGAUGAAAUUUAAUCCGCACUUCAUAGAAUUGAAUAAGAUUUCAAUUUAUUACCUUUUUGAAGAAUCCAUUAAUCAUAUCAUAUGGCAGAAGGCGCUGGACGAAUUAGUGGUGGUAAAAGCCUUGGCAGAUAUUCCCUACUUGGACUUAUCAGAGGUGGAAGGGUUCGACUUCAAAAAGAUGAAAUCAGGACAAAGGCAAUGGUAUCCUGUUUACAUUGCCAAAGAAUUAAGUGAAGAAGGACUUGCCACCGUCGAGUUUCCUUUUUGGUUUUAUAUCGAUAAUUUGAAAAAUAUCUACAAGAAGGAGUUUGAAGACAUGCAUGAGCUGACGGACCUACCCAGUCCCUUUUUCUUCGAGAUAUCUUCCAUGUUUCUCGAAAACAACGCGUUUAAGAACUCCACGCCGAUCGAGACCAUAGGCCAGCGCACGCCCUACAAGUACAUCCUCAAGGUGGCAGGCCUCAUCCAGGAUAUACGACAGAAGCGCAUUCACAAGAUUAUGAACAAAUUUAAGAACUGCGACGUCUUGUCCGAAAUUAUGAUCAUAAAUAACAUCCAGAUCUACGAAACGUAUUGCGUGAAUUACUUGGCUUCUGUUUUUUUCCAGAGCAAAGGGUCCAGAAGCUCCGUGUCGGAUGACUUUGACGUGCGCAACUAUCUCUUCGAUCCCUUUGUUUUUAGUGCCUGA